AUAUAUAGUAGUAGUUCAUACUGUAGCUCAUGAGUUUCAAAUCCUAUUUCCCAUCAAGAAUGCAAGACUGAAAACCAGAGGUUACUUCAGCUUCUUCAUGGUCUUCUGCAAAAUGAUUUUCGUGUCCCCUUCCCUUUCGCACAACACCCACCUUUCGCUUCAAUCACCGACUAAUCCAACUCCAUUUCUGCGUAAUCACUUCGACAAUCUGUACAAAAACCAACAAACCCAGAACUCUAAUGGAAUGAAAUUCACUCGUUCCAAAAAGUUAUUGAAGGAUCUGAGCUCCUGGGGCAUCGGUGGCCCUUGCAAUUACUUUGUCCAGGUCUUCAACUCGAGGCAACUCGCUUCCGCUCUCAGAUAUUGUCAUGAGAAUUCCAUCUGGUUCCUUGUGAUUGGUAAAGGCUCGAAUUGUCUGUUUGAUGAUUUGGGUUUUGAUGGUUGUGUGAUUCUGAACCGGAUUGACUUCUUGGAGAGAAUUGAACCGGGAGUAUACAGAGUAGGGAGUGGUUUCCCGUUUAAUCGUUUGGGUAUGCUUUGCUCUUUGGAAGGUUUCACAGGUCUUGAAUUUGCUGGAGGAAUUCCUGGGACUGUAGGUGGCGCUGCUUACAUGAAUGCUGGAGCAAAUGGACAGGAGACAGCAGAUGUAGUUGAAAGCGUAGACAUCCUUACAACUGAAGGGAAGCUUCAGACUUUGAACAGGAGUGAUCUUAAUUUCGAUUACCGGUCAUCUCCAUUUCAAGAUAUGAAGAACUUGGCAGCCAUCGUGGCUGUAACAUUCAGAAUGCAAGGUUCAAGCUCAGCAAGAAGAAGGCAACAAGAAUAUUUGCAGAGGAGAAAACUAACUCAACCAGUUGGGGAGAGAAGUGCAGGCUCAGUGUUUAGAAAUCCACCUGGUUUGGAAGUUUCGGCAGGUGAGCUGAUUGAGAGAGCUGGGUUGAAAGGUUUUAGACUGGGAGGAGCAAUGGUCUCAAAUAUUCAUGCCAACUUCUUCAUAAACUUCAAUGGGUCAACUUCCAAAGAUAUGCUUGAUCUCAUUGCUUUGGUUAAAGACAAGGUUGAUCACAAGUUCGGAGUUCAGCUUCAAGAAGAAGUGUUAUACUUUUAUCCGUAUUGCAAUGAUUUGAACCGGAACAGGAACAAGUAGGGUAGUGAAGGAAACAGGUAAUUAUGUCAUCAAAUAUUCAUAUAUGCAUGAAUUGUAUGAUUUCCAACUCUAACCAUCCUUUCUGCUUCGAAUCUACUCCUUCGAGAAUCUGAAGCAACAAUUAGAAAAAGGUCCAGAUUUUCCGUGGAAGAGAAUGCCAAAGUCCAUGAAGACAUUGAUGCUAAGAAUGUUCCAAGAACAAUGAUAAAGGAGGAUGCUCUAGAGCAACUAAGAUAUGAUUAGCUACACCGACUAAGAUAAGAUAAGAUGCAUUUGAAUUCAUUCAUGACUAUAUUUUGAUGAAGGAAAAAUGAGAAUUUGCUUGAUGAACAAAGGGCGGUUUGUUGCUACAAAGAAACAACAGAUUUUGUACAAUUCUGAUUAUAUUUGUAAGUAAAAUUUUGCUUGAAUCAGAAAAUUCUCACAUCUUCUUAUGAAUUCAAUUGAUCCCUGUA